UAUAUUGUGAAAACUUCUUCAAUUUUUAUACCAAUCCGCGUCUGACAUUAAAUAUAUUUUAUAUUUUUCUUUAUGUGAGAAUUAACAAUCAUACUGUGGCACAGAAUGCACAAGAUAUUAUUAUGUAAUGAUCUGAGUACGCACUGUAUUUAUCACGAUUGAUUUUUACGCUUAUGGAUAUUAGUCUAGGAUAUAAGUUUCUUUUUGUGUUUUACAUCUUUUCCUCAUAAUAUUUUAACACCAUUUUGUUACUAAUAAAAUCGGAGGAAUGCAUUUACGAAUUACACAAUUUAAUAGAUGCUUUUAUCAACACUGUUGGUCUAAUGACACAAUUUGGUUCACGUUUUAUAAUAUAUGUCUUAUUGAAGAUAUAUACAUCGAUAUAUAGGUUUAUAUAGUUUAAAUAUGUUAAUUAAUAUUAACAUUUUUGAAAUCAAAUUAAUAUAUAUACGCGUUAUAUUUGUAUGGGAAAGUUUUUGCUAUAUAUUAUAUAUACACACAUAUAUAAAUAUACACUUACAUACAUAUAUCUAUACUCUGUGAAAGGCAACUGUUAAUAGUGUCACAAAUUGUUGAGUACAAUAAAUAUACGCAUUAUCAUUAUUCAUUGCUUUGUAUUCAUAUUAACAUAGCAAUUAAAUUUCCUGCCCUGCGAUUUUUCUAUUAUCGUAAAAAUCUAUUGCAAAAUUAAUAAUAUGCAAAUAUGUAUGAAAUAUUCUGCAUAUUAAGUCUCUAGCAAUUAGGUGAUUAGGUGAAAAAUAAUAUAUACGCCAUAGUGUGAUGUAUUGCACGUUCUCUACCGUAUAGACCCAACAAUCACCAAGGAAACUGAUAUAAAUAUAGUGCUCUUUAUCAGUGAUAUUCUCGUCGUACGGAGCUUUUAUAUAAACUGUAUACUCGUUCGUGCAUUUGUAAUGAAUUUAACACAUUGAUUUAAGUGCGAAUUUAUAGAAUUUUUAUCAAUAUGCAGCGAGCAUCGAUAUUACCUUGUCUUCCAGGUUUUAGCUUUGAUAGGAACCUUAAUAGAACCAGAUUUCAUAAAAGCCAACUUUUUGACAAGAUACAUGGAGUUUAUUAUUUAUCCGAAAAAGCAGACACGACUGUUCACAGUCGUUACUCGUCCAUUUGUCCCCGAGGGGAGGCACAAGAAAUUCCGCCAUGGCUCGCAUAUGAUGGCCAAAGACUCAAGUUCAAAGCAUUUUUUCAAGAGACUGUGCAAGAAAAAUGGAAAAUGGCCUUUCACAUUCGUGCGGUGAACAUUAGCUUUUUCCUAGAGGAUGGAACAAUGAAAAUCGUAGAGCCGUCUGUGGACAAUAGUGGCCUUGAGCAAGGCGUCUUGGUCAGACGUCAAAGAAUACCUAUACCCGAUCCAGUGAAAUAUCGAUAUUAUGAUAUACUUGACUUGAAUAUCGGUAAAGAACCCGAGAUAUACGGCCGAGUGUACAAAAUUAUAGACUGCGAUAAAUUUACAAGGCAAUUCCUCAAUCGCAUGGGAAUACCAGUGCCCGAUCCAAUCGAUUUACCAAAGGAUCCGUAUUCCGAAAUUCGAAAAGUCGAAACAUUUCCAAAAAAGCCUGGUCACACAACAAGUACUCUGGGCAAUUUUUUAAAAUACGAUAGACAAGUGCUCCGAUUUUAUGGAUAUUGGGAUGAUACCGAGAGUCCUCAUGGUAUCAUUCACGAUCUCGAACUGCAUUAUUAUCUUUCUGAUAAUACAAUGGACAUUAAAGAAAAUGUGCCAUCGAACGCUGGUCGAGAUUCGGGUCUCAUGUUCGUCAAAAGAAUGAAAAUACCGAAAUUUUAUACUGGCUUGCAACCGAUCGGGGUACAAGAUCCUUUCACGAUUCUAAACGUCUUAGGCGAAAAUGGAGCAAAAAAUUAUUACAUAGCGGAUUCUCUGGACACCGGUAAGGUCACUGCCGAUUAUUACAAAGAUAACGAAUUGAGCAUAGGGGCGGAAAUCAACGUUUUCGGUAGAAGAAUCGUCAUCACGGACAUGGACGCUUUUACGAAGAAAUAUUAUCGAAUAAAGUACGGUUUGGACGAUUUUGCGCCUCUGAUACGACCUCGAAGAGAUGACGAGCUGUGCCAGAAGAUGGAGAAAUACAUACCACCCUACAAUGGCUUUGGAUCGUAUGAUGAUUCUCUUGGUAAUUGUUUCACGAUGAUACCAAUAGCACCAAAGACAGAUUUCAUCAAGUUCUUGUACCACGACAGACAGGGUUUUAACAGUCACGUUUUGAAAUUCCGGGCGAGAAUGAUAUCGAAAAUUCCGGAUAACGAAGAAAGACUAUUUGUUAUAAGAGUAUUUCUCGUGGAUGACACGAUAUCAAUUUUCGAAUUAGCAAAACGAAACUCAGGCUUUCCGAGAUCUUCAUUCCAAAAACGAAUGCCGGUAAUGUUGCCCGGUCAGGAUAUUUUUACAAGCAAAAAACCGGAAUACUACAAAUCACAAGAUUUUUAUGUAGGAGCACGCAUAAACCUGCGCAACUUUCAUUUCGAAAUUACGUCUGCGGAUAAUUAUUCCCUCCGUUACAUGGAAUUACAUUGCGACAAGUUUCCUAAAGCGAAUAAGAAACUGAUAAUGGACAAACUUCGAGAGCACUUACAACCAUUGUAUACCGAGUUCAUUCAAGUGUAUGCCCCGCCUAAAGAUGCGAAAGAUAACAUUCGAGUGCUGAAAUAUGAAAAACUCAAAGAAGCGUUACACCGGUAUCUGGGAGACAAAAUAGUAGAACAUGAAAUAAUUACAAUUGCGCGAUACUAUUCAUUUCAUGAAAAAAUGGAGUGUCAAUCGAGAGAGAAUGUAAGACGUUUGUUACACACGGAACUAUAUCGAUUUCUAUGGCACGAUCUCGAUCGUUUAAAAGAGGAUCUAUAUCAUUGGGACAGAGAUAAAACAGGAUUUCUACCUCGAGAAUCUUUGUACACGAUUCUGCGUGGUUGUCGGAUUCCCGUCGACGUGGAAUUAUUAAAUUCUAUGUUGGAUCAUUUAAAGAAAAACGAAGACGGCAAAAUCGAUUACAACGAUCUACUGAAAUUCGUGAACGUAAAAAUUGACCCUUUGCCACCAGCUGCACCCGCAAAUAUAAAGACAGCUCUUUGGUGGGCAUAUGGAAAAGAAUCGGAUUACGGAGAUGAAAUAAACUGGUGCGAGUUCACAAAGGAUAUGGAUAUAAAGAUCGAUGAGAACGCAAAGCCGGAGGUCAGCGAAAAUACAGAAAUUUAAUUCGCGCUGAGACACUGACACUUCGAGUAUCAAAAUACAAUAAAACAGUA